AUGCUGACUUCCGCGAUAGACAUAUCUGCCUCCCCCUCCCCCGCUUCCUCCUUCUCGGAGCGUGCGGAGUCGUUCGUCGACGCCGUGCUGGGCACGGCCGACGACGGCUCCGCCGCUGCCGCUGCUCCUGCCCGCGCCCCCGCGACCGCGCCCACCGCCGCCGCCUCUGCCUCCGCUGCGCUGGCCGCCCUCACGUCGCCCUUCCGGGUAACGACGCCGUCCCCGCCGCCGGCCGUGACGCCCGGCCCUUCCGCCCCCGCCUCCGCCACUGCCACCCCCCACAAACGCCAAGUGCAGGCCGGAGCCGCCCGCGCGGCCCCCUAUGUGCGGGACACUGCCUCCGUCGCCCUAUCGGCGGUCCCUAUAGCCGUGCCCGCCGCCCCCGCCGCUGCUGCUGGCGGGCCCCGCCCCGGAGCCCCCGGAGCCGCCGCUGCCGCCGACUGGCUCGCGGGCCUAGAGGGCCGCCUAAGCGCCCUAGAGAGCGCCGCCGCCGCUAAUAAGGUGGAGGAGGACGACGAGGAUAAGGAUAAGGACGACGAUAAGGACGAGGAGUAG